UCCGUACACUGGACCCGCGGGAGCUGAAGGGGGAUUAUCCAGGAGACCAGUUUGGGAUUCCGACCCGAACUGUCCCGCAUAGGGAACAGCACGGAUGAUGUGUUUUGCGCUGCGGCUGUUCAAUGAAAGAAGAGACGCGCAAAAGAAGAGAUGGGCACCGUUCCUGGACUUUCACCCUCCCGGUCACGGGGAAACCGUUGUGCUUACAUCGUGCUGGUCGUACCUGUAGUGGUGGUUUUGGUCGAGCUUUGCGCAGCUUUUAACUUGGACACCGAGGCGCGCGUCGUUUUCACCGGACCGCGGGGAAGUUACUUCGGCUAUUCUGUGGAGUUCUUCAGUAACUCGUCCAGUAUUUUGAUCGGUGCUCCGAAAGCCAACACCAGCCAACCCGACAUCACCGAAGGAGGAGCUGUGUACUUGUGCCCGUGGAGCCAAACUAACUGCAGCAUUAUCAACUUUGACAAGCAAGGUGAUCGAUAUUUUUAUGUUAAUGACGUGAACACUCAGGUUGAGUUCAAGUCCCAUCAGUGGUUUGGAGCUACUGUGCGUUCCCAUGGCAACAGCAUCCUGGCUUGUGCUCCCAGGUAUUACUGGAGGACUGAACACGACACACCCUUUUCUGAUGUUACAGGAACCUGCUACCUCUCUGUAGACAGCCUCAAAACGUUUGUGGAGUACGCCCCCUGCCGAACAGAAAGACAUGGACCUGCUGGACAGGGCUAUUGUCAGGGUGGAUUUAGUGCUGAGUUCACUAAGGACGGGAGAGUUGUGCUUGGAGGACCAGGGAGCUUUUACUGGCAAGGCCAACUGAUAUCGGCCACCACAGAAGAGAUUGUGAAGGCCUACUACCCCUCUUAUUUUCUGCUGGCAGUUGCCGGGCAGAUUCAGACCCAACAGGUGCAGGGGAGCUACGAUGACAGUUACCUGGGCUACUCUGUCGCUGGUGGGGAGUUCAGUGGGGAUGAUGAGGAAGAUUUCAUCACGGGAGUUCCAAAAGGACUCAUGCUGUAUGGUUUAGUGUCCAUAUUAAAUGGAAAGAAUCUGAAGUCUCUGCACAACUUGACAGGGGAGCAGAUGGGGUCCUACUUUGGCUAUGCAGUGGCAGCCACCGACAUCAACAAUGAUGGUCUGGAUGACCUAGUGGUGGGAGCUCCAAUGUUUAUGCGUCGAGGGUCCAAUGGGCGUCUGGAGGAGCUGGGCAAGGUGUAUGUGUACCUCCAGAGGGGCCCUUUGCUGGUCGAGGCAAGCCAGUCCCACCUCCUUGGUCCACAGGCCUUCAGCCGCUUCGGCACCUCACUGGCUCCGCUGGGUGAUCUCAACCAAGAUGGCUUCAAUGACAUGGCCAUUGGCUGUCCCUAUGGAGGAGACGACCAGCAGGGAUUGGUUCUCAUUUAUAACGGUCAUGCUGGAGGACUUAUGGACAUUCCUACUCAGACUCUCUCUGGCCAAUGGGCUUCCAGCUCUUUCCCAGCCAGUUUUGGCUUUGCUCUGCGUGGCAACAGAGAUCUGGAUCAAAACGGGUACCCAGAUCUGAUUGUCGGUGCUUUUGGGGUUGAUAAAGCAGUGCUUUACAGGGCUCGCCCAAUAGUGAGUGCCAGCGCGUCUCUCACAGUGCAGCCAACCAUGUUCAACCAGGAGGAGAAGACUUGUAGGCUGAUCACUAGAAAUGAAACCACUGAUGUAUCUUGUGUCAGCAUCACUUUCUGCCUGCUGGCUAAUGGGAAGCACCUCCCCUCUCAUCUAGGCUUUGUGGUGGAGGUCCAGCUGGACAGCAUGAAGCAAAACCAGAAAGAAUCCACAAGGAGGACUCUGUUCCUGGACAGUCAGCAGCCCAGCCUGGUGAAGACCUUCAGCCUCACCAACGGAGAACGCUGGUGCCAUGACACCAUGAUCUAUCUACGGGGUGAAGAAGAGUUUCGGGAUAAACUCUCUCCCAUUUACAUCAGUCUCAACUUCAGUCUGGAUCAUCAAGCCACAGUGGCCCAGCAUGGCCUCAGACCAAUCCUGAAUUAUCAAACAGAGCAGCUUAUAGAGCAGAAGGCCGGGAUUCAACUGGAUUGCGGAGAGGACAACAUCUGUGUCCCUGACCUCAAACUGGCCGUUACUGGUGACAGAACAGAGGUUUACCUGGGGGAUGAAAACUCCCUGAGUCUGACCUUCAAUGCCAGGAACGAGGGAGAGGGAGGGGCGUAUGAGGCUGAACUCUACGUGGUGCUUCCCCCAGAGGCCGACUACAGUGGGAUAGCACGCAACAAUGUGAGCUUUACUCAGCUGACGUGCAGCUAUGAAGCAGAAAACCAGACCCGCUAUCUUGUGUGUGAUCUGGGAAACCCCAUGAAGCCUGGUACCAGUUUAUGGGGCGGCCUUCGGUUCACUGUGCCCAGACUGAUGGAUAGUCACAAUACUGUACACUUUGAGCUCCGAAUACGAAGUAAAAAUGCAAAUAACUCUGAGAGUGAGGUGGUGCUGUAUGAGCUGGAGGCGGCGGCGAUGGCCGAUGUCAUUCUGCAGGGUGUUUCUCGGCCAGACAAAGUCCUCUUUCCCCCUCCCAACUGGACCGUUCAUCAGAGUCUGACGGAGGAACAGGACGUCGGCCCUGAGCUUCAGCAGGUCUAUGAGCUGGUGAAUAAUGGUCCCAGUGUGGUCAGCCAGUCAACGUUAGAGGUGAGAUGUCCUCUGAGGGCUCACGGCCAGGAGCUGCUCUACCCUGUGGAGGUGGUCACGGAGGGGCCACUCAGCUGCUCCUCCAAAACAACCAUUAAUGCACUGAAACUCAAGAUCCAGCCUCCAGCGGCAGAGGGUCCCGUUUUAUUGAAAUCCAACGCUGAGCACCACGUCCGAAGGAGGGAGGUGUACAGAGGUGUACAUCCUCUGGCCGAACAAGGAAACCUGACCUGCUCUACAGUGGAGUGCUGGCAGCUGCAGUGUAAUGUUGGGCUUCUGGAGAGAGGAGCCAGUGCUAUCCUGACUGUACGCUCCAGACUCUGGGCUGAAACUUUCAUGGAGAGGGCGUAUAAGCAGUAUGUACUGGAGUGCUCUGCUCAGUACAAAGUAGACAGGAUGCCUUACUCUAUUCCUCCCAAAUUCAAGCCAUUGGGAUCCAAAAAGGUGGUGACGGCUGUGAUGUGGAACAAGCCGGACAGUCUGUUCUCUGUUCCAGUGUGGAUCAUCAUCCUGGCUGUUCUGGCUGGGCUGCUGUUACUCUCCCUGCUAAUAUAUCUACUGUACAAGAUGGGCUUCUUUAAAAGGUCAGAUCCGUACGGCACAACCAUGGAGAAGGCCCAGCUCAAACCCCAGGCGUCCUCUGAAGCUUAGGUCCAAGACGGAGCCUCCCCUGCAGCUGUUCCAAGGAACUGGAAUUAUUGUCACAUUUCCAAACACAGGGAAACUUGCCAACGAUAAGCAGGCAACCCACUUAUGAAAGGACGAUUAUGGGUGCCGUAUCACUGGAACACAAAAUAUCUGGUGCUGCACUAAAAUGCCAAAGCAGGAAAGACUACAAGGGGCAUGCAAAUGAAUAUGCACUGCUCUUAUGGACAUACAAUCAGGGUGAGAUUUAUGACUUAUUUAUGCUUCUGCAGAAAAAGAAACAAAAAGGACUUCCUCCUUAGAAGCGCUCCCCUGUGGAAAAAUGUUUCUUUGGAAAAUACUCAACGAACAGUACGCAAUAUUGGAAAACAAAUGCACCCCCAACAAAGGCAAAUGCUGCAGUAUUCCUUUAUUCCUAAAAAGUGUUUUGUAAGCCACACUUGCAAUCACAGCAUUUAAUAUCUUUUGAAAUUCCUGCUUUUGUAUGAUCUAUACACCACUUGUUAUUUAUGGCACAGUGUUUGCCUAUUGAUUGUUGUACUGUACUUUCUGCAGGACAAUCCUGGUGAAACUGCAAUGUUUAACUUGAAUUAUUCCUCUCCCAUAUUGGGAGGUAUUUUGUGUGUUGUAAUGUAUGUAAUGUAUUCAUUGUGUUAGGACCUGUUGGCGUUGUGGCCCAGAAUAAAGCCUAAUUUUGUAUCUCCAUCCAAAAUGUUGAUUGAUGUGCUAGCUGCGGGUAAACGGAGAUAAGAGAGAACCCUUUGCUAUUGGGGGCAAUACUAACUGUAGAUCACAAAGAUUAAGCCACCACUAGAUUAACAUUUAGGAAACCAGAUUUGGAGUCUUUCAAACUGGUUCGGUUUUUAACAGUGUGUAAAAAUGACAGGUAUCAGACCCAGAGUGGAAUUAACACAUUAACAUUUACACAUUUUCUUAUCUCGGGUUUUGAGACUGGAUUUCUCCACUCAACCAAAGUUAAUCAGUGGCCCAACACUUCCCUCUGCAGGUGGCACAUGUGGUGCCUGUCCUCUGAUGCCUCCAAGUGCUAUGAGAUAUCAGAGGUUUCACGUUUUCAAAUCGCACUUGUGUAAAGUACAUAUUUGACCAUGAUUGGCUUCUAAACUAGUUGUGACAUCAGAUUUGAGGUGAGUGCAGACAGACUUCCCUGGCAACACAGUGAAUUUACAGUGGUGCAGUUUGUGAACCCUUUAGAGUUCUCUAUAUUUCUGCAUAAAUAUGACCUAAAACAUCAUCAGAUUGUCACACAAGUUCUAAAAGUAGAUAAAGAGAAUCCAGUUAAACACACGAGACAAAAAUAUUAUACUCAGUCAUUUAUAUAUUGGAGGAAAAGGUGAAAUUAGAGUCAGGUGUUUUCAAUCAAUGGGAUGUCAAACAGGUUUGAGUGGGGGCCCUGUUUUACUUAAAGAACAGGGAUCUACCUAAGUCUGAUCUCCAGACAGACAGAUUGUGUACAAAUGGAGGAAAUUCAAGACCAUUGUUAUCCUCCCCAGGAGUGCUCGACCAACAAAGAUCACUCCUAGAGCAAAGUGGGUAAAUAGUCUGCGAGGUCGAAAAGGAACCCAGGGUAACUUCUAAGCAACUAAAGGCCUCUCUCACAUUGGCUAAUGUUGUUUAUGAGUGCGCCAUCAGGAGAACACCGCACAAUAAUGAUGCACAUGGCAGGGUUGCAAGGAGGAAGCCACUGCUUUUCAAAAAGAGCAUUUGCUACCCAUUUGCGGUGUGCUGAGGAUCAUGUGGACCAUCCAGAAGGCUACUGGAAAAAUGUUUUAUGGACAGAUGAGACCAAAAUAGAGCUUUUUGGUUUAAAUGUGAAGUGUCAUGUUUGGAGAAAAUGAAAACACUGCAUUCCAGCAUAAGAACCUUAUCCCAGCUGUGAAACAUGGUGGUGGUAGUAUCAUGGUUUGGGCCUGUUUUGCGCCUCUGGACCAGGACGGCUUGCCAUCACUGAUGGAACAAUGAAUACUGAACUAUACCAGCAAAUUCUAAAGGAAAAGGUCAGGACAUCUGUCGGUGAACUGAAUCUCAAGAGAACAUGGGUCGUACAGCAAGACAACGACCCUGAGCACAGAAGUCAUUCAAGCAAAGAAGAAUAAAAUUCACGUUUUGGAAUGGCCUUAAUCCAAUCGAAAUGUUGUGGAAGGACCUGAAGGCAAGCAGUUUAUGUGAAGAAACCCACCAACAUCCCAGAGGUGAAGCUGUUCUGUCAGGAGGAAUGGGCUAAAAUUCUUCGAAAGACGACGUGUAGGACUGAUCAUUACCGUAAAUGUUUAGUUGCAGUUAUUACUGCACAAAGGGGGUCACACCAGAUACGGAAAGCAAAGGUUUGCAUUCUUUUUCCACUCAGACAUGUUAUAUUGGAUCAUUUUCCUCCAAUAAAUA